AUGUACCAAAACUCGCUGCAGUCCUACAUGUCCAUCUUCCAGGAGGCGUUGAUGAACAGCGCCAAGUCGAGCGAGGCGGAAGAGCGCACCGAGGCCAUCAACACCACCUUCAAGCGCAGUCUGUACCAGCGAAUUUGCCGGUCCCUCUUCGCGCGGGAUCAGCUGCUCUUCUCCUUCACCAUGUCGCUCAAGAUCUACGGUGUGGACCCGACGCUGUUGCGCUGGGUGCUGAUGGGCGGUUUCGAGGAUGAAGACCACCACGCCGUGCCGAACCCUUUCACGUGGCUGCCGGAGUUGAUCUGGAAGCUGUUGCGCCGCGCGGCGACGCAGUUGGACGGCUUCGCUCACUUGACGGAGCUGCUGCAGCAGCAUGCGAUGUUCUUCAUGGACUUCUACGAGUCUUCGAACCCGCUAGAGCUGGAGCUGCCCGGUGUGCUGAACGACAUGUCGAGCAUAGAGAAGCCGGUCGUGGUACGAUGUCUGCGCAUGGACAAAGUGGUGCCAGCCAUCCGCAACUACGUCAGCGACCGCACGGCAACAGGCAAUGGAGACGAGCAGGGGCGAAGAAGGGGUAUGAAAGGGAGCUGA